CGUCUUCCCUAUGGUACUCCUACUUCUUUUUGCCGUGGCACAGGAAGCACAAGAGAAUGGUGUAGCAGAAAGAGAUUGGUGGGACGGCAUGAGUGGCACUGCAUUCGAUCUUGGGUAGGGAUGUAGUCGGAGUGAUCGGACCUGGCUACUGACGGAACCAUUCUCGAGUGUGGGGUGGGGUGGAUUGUGCCCCGCCAUCGUGCGCCGGUCUCGCCUCCGUCAGACCAGCCUCGAUGGAUGACUCUUUGCUAUUCUGGCAGGUAAACGUUCGCAUACAGACGGGAUGCUUACAUAUGUACGAUCAAACCGGCGGCAUAGUGGGCAUGGACUUGGUCCCUUGGCCCACUCAUUUUUUUUCGUCCUGUCAUAGUUAAUGCCCGAUUCCUCUCUCUCUUAUAUUGUUUCCUUGCCAUCCUAUUCAAUCACCUUCUCUCCAUACAUAUUCUGCUUUACUUGCACUUCAAUUGCCACCUGACCUGAGGCUAUUGUGGUUCCCCUUCAAUCCUUUAUUACCUUCCCUCCAAAAGAGCAAAGACAAUACACAAUGGCACCUGAACUCCCCCCGACCAACGGCCAAAAGAAUGAGCAAAAUGGCAAGAACAACUUCGCCGUCAAGGCAGGAUUGGCCAAGAUGUUGAAGGGUGGAGUGAUCAUGGACGUGAUCAAUGCUGAGCAGGCCCGUAUAGCAGAAGAAGCCGGAGCCGUGGCCGUCAUGGCCCUCGAGCGUGUCCCCGCAGAUAUCCGAGCACAAGGCGGCGUGGCACGCAUGAGCGAUCCCCAAAUGAUCAAGGAGAUCAUGGACGCCGUCACGAUACCAGUCAUGGCCAAGGCGAGAAUCGGACACUUUGUCGAGUGCCAGAUCCUCGAAGCCCUCGGCGUAGACUACAUCGACGAGUCCGAAGUCCUGACCCCGGCCGACGCCGUGCACCACGUCUCCAAGCACCCCUUCAAGAUCCCCUUCGUGUGCGGAUGCCGCAACCUAGGCGAGGCUCUACGCCGCAUCUCCGAGGGCGCGGCCAUGAUCCGCACCAAAGGCGAAGCCGGGACUGGUGACGUCAUCGAGGCAGUGCGCCACAUGCGCACCGUCAACGCGGAGAUUGCUCGCGCGGGCUCCAUGUCCGACGAGGAGCUGCGCGUGUAUGCAAAGGAUAUCCAGGCCGACUUUUCGCUGCUCAAGGAGGCGGCUCAGUUGGGCAGACUGCCUGUGGUCAACUUUGCGGCUGGCGGUGUUGCGACGCCUGCUGAUGCUGCGCUGAUGAUGCAGUUGGGUUGCGAUGGUGUGUUUGUGGGCUCUGGCAUCUUCAAGAGCGGCGAUGCGGCCAAGAGGGCGAAGGCUAUUGUGCAGGCAGUCACGCACUACAAGGAUCCCAAGACCUUGAUGGAGGUUUCUAUGAACCUAGGAGAAGCCAUGGUGGGCAUCAACUGUGGCAAGAUGGAUGAAAGCGAGAAGCUUGCUAAGAGAGGAUGGUAG